UGCCAUUUGAUCAUGUCGGGGUGCAGAACUAGAGCGAUCAUAUAGGAGGCAAUGGGGUAGAGAGAAACAGAGGCAGCAUGAGAAUUACAUACAAGCGCUUCUGUUACUUUGCGAUAUUCCUGUAUUGUCUUUUCUCUUGCUAUGCCUUAUACAGUGUUUUCUUUCGGCCCUCGAAGGCGACCCAUGUUCACAAGGCGAAGGCGAUUAAAUCCUCGCAGCUGCAAAUAUCGCAUAGUGCAGGAGGCAAUAGAGUAUCGGCUAACGUAAAUGAAAAAGAAUGGAACCCUUGGGAGGAGGAUGAAAAGAGUGCACAGGAUUUACGUGUGAAGAUCGCAGAUGAAUACAGAAAAAGUUUACAAAAAAAUCUGGCAUCUUCACCUCCAUCAACUGAGCUGAAAGUACAAAUUUGGGGCAAGGCAGCCAUUGGACUUUACCUUUGGGAGCAUAUUUUGGGAGGACCUCUUGAGCCUGUUGAUGUUACAGCUCCAUGGAGGGAAGGGAAGAUAAAGGAAGGAAGUAUUGAUUUAAGUUUUAUUACUGGCCCUGCGGUUGUUCCUGGUUACUUCUCUGUUGAAACAGAGAAUGUGGUUCUUGUUCUUAAUGGACGAGAAGAAGCAAAGAUUUCCUUUGCUACCCAAUGGCUUCAAUACACGAAGACCCUGAUAGAAGGCCACAAGCUUAAGCACUUAGCUGUUGUGCUGCUGGGAAAUGAACAGUGCAAUAAUGACUGGAUCCGUCCCUACCUAAAGAAGAGCGGAGGGAUUGUGGAUCUCCUAUUUGUUGUAUAUGACAGUACUUGGGUCAAUGAGGACGAUGUGUACCAGUGGCCUCUGGGAGUUGCUACAUACAGAGAUUUUCCAGUUGUCGAACCAAAUUGGUUAUUGGUUCAAGAUUCGCGGCCAUACUCGUGCAACUUUUUAGGAACGGUGUAUCAAAAUUCAUCCAGAGAGAUACUUAUGGAUGUUGUUAAAAAAGAUAAACUUGGUCAAAUUUGCUGGAUCUUACCCAGAGAACAGUGGCAGCCGCUAGAAACAAAUGAGAGUUUUAAGUUUUAUCAUGAUGCAUUACUUCAAAGUGACUUGACUUUAAGCCCAGUUGGCAUCAAUACAGAAUGCUACCGAAUUUAUGAGGCCUGUUCUUAUGGAUCUGUUCCUGUUGUGGAGGAUGUAAUGACACCAGGAAAUUGUGGGAACUCCUCUAUGAGCACAAAUGCCCCUUUGAAUCUACUAAAAUCUAUGGGAGCGCCAUUUAUUUUUAUUAAAUCAUGGACAGAACUUCCUGCUAUUUUAGAGCAAGAGAAAAGUAUGACCUACCAGGAAAAGGUUCAACGUAGAGCAACAGUUAUAAAAUGGUAUCAGAUGUUCAGAAUACAGCUAAAGGAAAAAUUUCUGCGCAUACUUAAAGAAAGAUUUUUGCACAGAGAUCAAAAUAUCCAGUAAUAUGUAUUAACAGACUUGGACCAGACUCUUAAAUGUAGGAUUUGAAAGAGGCUGUAACUGGACAGGGUGUGUAUUAAAGCAUGACUCAGAAUCUGAUUGUAACUGAAACACCACUUCAACAAAAAUGACCAUCUCUGGAAGACCAGCUGGGAUAUCCAGGCUUUGUAAGAAGUCUCCAUGUAAUGCCCCAUCACUUUCUCUCUUAUGUCAGUACAGACAGGUGGUAUGUGUGUGUGUGCAUCCCUCACUAAUUUAUUUUCGAAUGAUAAUUGCCUCAGCCAUAAGUGCACUCACAGGUGUAAGCUAUUACCAUAGGAAUGGAUUAAUACUAGAAGUGAAUUUUUAGGUUGCCCAUUUAACAAUGUCACCCAGACAAUCCAUUGGCUUUUCCAGAGUAUAAACUGCUGUUUUGUAUUGUAUUUAUAAGCUUUGUGUUUUGCAUUCCCUGCUGGUUGGGGCAUUUUGAAAUAGACCAAUGAUGGCUUUGUUUGUGCUCAUGUAUAGAAUAAAAAUAUGAAAAAAA